UACAUGUUCCCUGUAGAAAAACCUCUAUUUGUCGGACAGAAGGAGACCAUUGAGAACUGCUGGAGAUUACUAGUAUUUUCAUUUCUAAAAUACAGUAAUGAAUUAAGGUUUAUGACAGAUUAUUAGACAUUGACCUUAAUUAAACGAAAACCUUUACUCUGAAUACCUUUUUCUUUCUACAGUACUUCGUCGCUUUUCUUCUCAUGUAAUGUUGAGCUCAGUUAUUUAGCAGUUACAGUCUACAGGAUAGUUUACGUCUGUGUUCAAGUUGACUUGUAAGUUAACAUGUCCAAACACAAGACGAAAAAGCUCAUCAUUGAAGAUGAUGAGCCAAAGCAAGAUGAGCUGAAUCCAUUUUCUUUCAAAGAGUUUAUCAGAAACAAGAACCAGCAGCCCUGUACUACAGAAGCCACAGAGGUAUAUGAUGGUGCAUGCCACAUCGAGCAGGACUAUAACACCUCCAUAGAUUUUGCUACCAAGGGGCCUUUCUUCACAGACCCCUCUGUGCUCUGUAAGCCUUCUGAAAGCGAACCUGAGGAGACAUGGAUUGAAAGCUGCCACCCAUCAGCCCUUGACGGUUCUCAUGACUUCCAACUACAUGGGACUUUAGACCUCAGCGCUUACUCUGAGCAGUCAUCUCUGUGCAGUGAUGAAAGGGAAGCAAAUGUGACUGAAUGGGAGCUGGAUCAGUCUGACUUCCUGCCAAAGAAGCACUUAGAAAGAAGAAGCACAGGAAGCUAUGAGGGUGAUGAAGAGACUUCAGUGAUGGAUAUUUCUUUCCAUCUUAAGAGGAACAAUGCUGAAAAUGGCACAAAAAAUGCUCAACAGCUCAGAGAAGAGAAUUCUCUACUCAGAAAGCAAAUCAAAGAACUCCUUAGAAGGUCAGAAACUGACUCCAAAAGGAUUGAACAGCUCACAGAUGAGCUGCACAACAAGAAGUUACAGGAGGAGAGAGAGGCAAAGGCUUUGGAGACGAUGGUGCAGUCAGUAGAACAAAACCUUCAGUUAAUGACGAAGCGGGCAGUCAAGGCUGAAAAUAGUAUUUCAAAAUUGAAACAAGAGAUACAACAACUCCAGGGCCAGCUUGAAGGAUAUAAAAGUGAGAAUGAGAGGCUUAGAUAUGGAGAAACUACAGCCUUAACCACAAUGAGACACAAUGCACAAGUGGCCUCUGAGUACCUCAACAAAGCAGCUCAAGAUGCAGAGACUUCUAUCAAGCAGUUGCUGACAGGAAGAGAGACACUCUAUUUUGUAUCCCAGUUAUUGUCCUCCAUUGACAAGAUCACAGAGAUUCAUGAUUAAGUGUUUUGCUUUCACAGCCAAACAUCAUGUUCUGUACACUAUGGACCCACUAUAUUUAGACUGUGGUAUUUCAUUGUUUAUUAUUUCAUAAAUUUCAUUAAAAUCAUGUUUAGGUUUUAUGAAAUAGCAAAAUGAGGUGUGCUGGGCUAAAUAAUGACCAAGUUAAGCUCUAACAGGACCUUAAGCAUACAGAUACUUAAGUGUACCAAAUAGUGCCUUGGAUUCUUUCAUCAAAAUCAAAGCUCCAUGUUGCUCAAAAUAGUAGUAUUUAAAACCUUUUGCACUUUUGUCAAAUAAGUCCUUUCUUAAAAAUUAAUUACAUAUUAUUUACAAUAUUUUUAGUGUUUCGUGAUUUGUGUAUUGAUAUAUAAAUUAACAUUCAUUUUUAUAGUUAUGCUGUUUUAAAUUACAACAUUUUAGUUAUUUAUGUAAACAAUAGUUUACUAAUCAGCAUUGGAUGAAGUGCCUUAUAUACAUAAUGCCCAUUAUUGACUUAAUAAAAACAUUUUUCAAUCA